AUGCCUCCCCGAAACGCGAUGGGCAAGAAACAAAAGGGAAAGCAGAAGCUAGAGGAGAAACCAGCCCCCGCUUCCGAGUCUGUACCUCCACCACCUGCGACGGAGGGCGUCAAUGUGACUUCAAUGCCCCCUGAACCUUCGGAACAAUCUCAUCCUCCUGACCCCCAGGCGACAUCUUGGGGCGCUGGCGCUGGCGACGCCUGGGGUGCUUCAGCAGGCUCAACUUGGGGACAGCAAGAUACUGGUGGAACUGGUUGGGGCGCUCCUGCGACAACUCAGGAAGUACACGGCGAGACAUGGGAUCAGACCAACAGUUUGCUUCAUCCUCCACAGUCCAACGGGCCUAAUAUCCUUCCAACUAUCCCAGAGACCCAUUCCGGUCACUUCUCCCAAAAUGGAGCACACUCAUCAGACAACCGGAGUCAAGACCAAUAUACAGAUAACUGGGAUAACAAUCAUGGCCCCCGUUCUCAAAAUUGGGACGGAACUCAGACUCGUACUCUCACCCCCACUGCCGCCGCUUCAGCAGUUGGCUCUCCCGGCCCCGCCCACAUUAUCUCUCUUGCAGACGCCGCCGUUGCCGCUGAGAAGGAGAUACAGAAACAACAAAAAUUCAGCAGCGCCAGUGAAGCUGCGAAGAGGUUCGAAGAGUCAAGAUCCAACAUCAUCGCCUCGCCUAUGGCUACACAAACAAUUACAGCAUUGGCCACACAGCCAGCCGCUGCUCAUAAACCCAUGUCCUCGGCUUCUGCUGCUGCUGCUGCUUAUGAAGCUAACAUGCGCCCUCGAAAACCCUCUGCUGCCCAGGCCCAAUCUGUCACUUCCCAAGGCAAGACCACUUGGACGUAUCCAAAACCAUUUCUUCCCGGCGCUCACCACCCUGCGCAUAUUCCUGUAGACACAAGCUGGACGAUGACUGGAGGCAACACCUGGAGUAACAAACAUCGAACGGCGAAGAGCGCUUCUACGGGGAAUUGGGCGCCUCCCAGCCAGAACGGUUGGGACGAACAGCUACACCAAUUUCGUCAAGCUGAAGCGGCGCACCAAGCUCGGCGUCCAACACAAGCCCGACAACAACCCUCGCGACCAACACACCAGAAACACCACUCCCAUCCAGGACAUCCGCUACAGCACCAGAGACAGCUAGCGCAGCAGGGCCCAAGUUGGCAGGGGUGGGGAAAGGACGGCUGGGAGCAAUCUGAUGAAAUUGAAUCAGACAGUGAGGCUGAGACGCUCAAUGGGUGGGGCGCAGGCGCUUGGGGUCAAGGUGGAGGUGGAGGUGGAGGUGGAGGUGGAGGUGAUGCCUGGGGUCAGAGUGGAGGUACUUCAUGGGGCCAGGGUGGCGGUAAUGCCACGGGACAAAGUACGGCCGAUGCCUGGGCGCAAGCUGGUGCUAAUGAAUGGGGCCAUACGACGGGCGGAUGGGGUGAACCUCAACCAUCAGCGAAGGAGGGUAGACAUGAGCAGAAGAGAGGGCGGGGUCGUGCGCCAGACAGAAAGGUAACUCAAGAUGAUGCUUGGGGUCAAGCAGGAGCAGGAGGAGCAGGAGAUUGGGACGUCGGUGGUGGUGGUGGUGGUGGUGGUGGUAAUCGCGGAAGGGAAGGAAAGGAUGGGUGGAAGCCCGCUUCUGCAUGGGAUGAACAACCGGGCGAUUCAUGGGGACAGCAAGGGCAGCAAGCCGAUGGCUGGGCCACGGCCGGCGGAGACGCGUGGGGUCAAGGUCAAGGUCAAGGUCAGAGUGGAUGGGGUCAGAACAAUGAAUGGGGAACCACCGGUGGCGGUGGAGGUGGGGGAUGGGGCGGGCAUGCCACUUCGAACGCUGAAUGGGGCGGCGAUCCGCAACAGUCCAAGGUACCUCUUCCUGACCCUGCUGGGAGCAGAAAUAUCCUGUCCCCUCAGCAGCGGUCGCAAAUCCUAAAUUCCCUACUCACCACUGCUCAGAACCAGCCGGCUAAAGGACAGCAACAUGGUCAAGCUUCUGGUACAGGAGGCAAGCACCAGCCCCACCCUCAACCACAACAACACCACAAGCACACACAGAGGAAUUGGGAGCCUUGGGAGGCACAGGAUACUGGAUGGGGCUCUGAUGAGUCUGAAGGAGAAUACGAUACGAAUCGACGAGUUCGGUUUUCGCCAAAAGCAUCAGAGCUCUGGGGCGGCAGUCCACGCAGCGUGCCCUCUAAGACUCUCGCGCAUGCGCAAGCUCAGCAAGGAAUUACGACGACACUUAUCAAUGACGCCUCCAACCCACGAUUUGUCGAUUCUAGAGGAGCUGGACUGGCGUAUGUGGCGAACGCUUUCUUUGGUAAUUCCCGCUUUGCCCGAGAAAGGAUCUAUUGGAUGUUUCCCGAAAACAAGGAUGAACGCGUCGCCGCUAUGAUCCAAUGGGUGCAGAAGAUGUCGUUUAAUCUAGCCACGUACGGUUUGAUGAAAUUCCUUGAAACGCGCGAGCGAGGUGCUCUGUUUGUUAACGCCGUUUUUCGAAUGAGCCAACACCCUCACGAGCCCGCCUUCGAUUGGCUGACUUUCAACCAGCUGCAAGGCACGAUGGACAAAACGCUGCAGGCAUCAGUUGCGUUUUGUGAUCCGUCCAAGAUAACGCUCGUGUUCGUGUUUCUCCCUUCACAAUCUGGAAACAGUGUGGCGAUAUGGCGUCGCAAAGUCAACGUUCCAGAUGCUGCGAGGCUAAAAUACCAAGCUGAAAUUAAUGCGAUCACGAAAACCCUCCGAACUGGCAAGGAUUAUCCUGUGCUAGUCGACGAAGUUUCUAAACCCAAACCUCCUGCGAAGUCUGGCACGUUACGAAAGUCACUCGCUUCGAAGCCUAAUGCGAAGGCUAAGGCUAUGGCGACGAAACUUCCAGCUAAGUCAGACAAGGACAAGAAACGCAAAUGGUGGAAGUUUUUCUUCAGUUGA